CCCUCUGUCGUCACUUCCUGUGGGUCUGCACCUCCGAAGAGAAGAUGGCGGCGCUGGGCGAGCCUGUCCGGCUGGAAAGGGAUAUCUGCAGAGCAAUUGAAUUGUUGGAGAAAUUACAGAGGAGUGGAGAGGUGCCGCCACAGAAACUUCAGGCUUUGCAAAGAGUCCUUCAGAGUGAGUUCUGCAAUGCUGUAAGAGAGGUAUACGAACACGUUUAUGAGACGGUGGACAUCAGCAGCAGCCCUGAAGUGAGAGCCAAUGCAACUGCAAAGGCUACUGUUGCUGCAUUUGCUGCCAGUGAAGGACACUCUCAUCCCCGAGUUGUUGAGCUACCCAAAACAGAAGAGGGCCUUGGAUUCAAUAUCAUGGGAGGCAAAGAGCAAAACUCACCAAUCUAUAUAUCACGGAUAAUUCCAGGUGGAAUUGCUGACAGACAUGGAGGCCUCAAACGAGGAGAUCAGCUACUUUCUGUUAAUGGAGUGAGUGUUGAAGGGGAGCACCAUGAGAAAGCCGUAGAGCUCCUGAAAGCAGCCCAAGGGAAGGUUAAAUUAGUCGUACGGUACACGCCAAAAGUCUUGGAAGAAAUGGAGUCCCGCUUUGAGAAAAUGAGAUCAGCAAAACGCAGACAGCAGACCUAAUCAUUUAAAAACUUUAUGUUCCUUUUGCUUUUAGCUAGGAAAGUUUUGUGACCUACUGAUGGCCUCGAUGCCAGUGAUUGUAAAACACCAGAAACUUGUGUGACCUCUUCUUGCCAUUUUCUAAAUGCCUGUUUCAGCAUCACCUAUGGUUAUAGAGAAGCUUACACUCUUUUCUCACGAGGAAAGUCGGAGUUGGGAGGACAGUUCUGUCCUGCUGUUUUUACAGGCCUUUUUCAAACAGAUUUUGUCACAAAGUUGUUAUAGAUUUUUAAUAAUGCUUUUUUAAUAUUAAAAUGUACUUUUACAUUCUUAAUCUUUUUUUAAAAAGAGGUUCUCUUUAUUUGGCGACUUAUUUACAGAUAACAGCUCUUCAGUAUUUCCUUUUGCUUACUGCAAUUUCUUUGUGAAAUUUCAUUUUUCCAAGAAAUGAAACAUCACAGUCUCGCUUGUGGCAGUUCAUCACGUUAUGAGUAUUGGCAUCUCUGCUGCAUUUUGUACUUGGAACAUAACAUAUCUAUAAUCAGUGGUAAAUCAUAGCUAUCAUGGAAACCUUUUUAUUUUUAUUUAAACAAUAUAUAAUGUAUUCAUUUAUACUGUUUAUAAAAGUAAGUUUUUAAACACUGAAGCAAUCAUUGCUAAAAUAUGUUUUUCAUAAUAUUUAAGCAGUGAGGCCAGAGGAUGUAAUUUGAUUAUUAGCAUUACCAAUUAAAUCCUUUAUUUAUAUUUAACAGUAUGUCAUAAAUUAUACAUGCAAACAAGCUCAGAUUUCAACUUUUCAAGUUUUUUAUGCUGUUCAUUUGUAUUUAAAUAUAUUUCUCAUAAUUUGGUUCUUUCGUGCCUAGAGAUGAGUCAGUUAGUCUGUGCUGGGGAGAAUGGAAGUAAGACAAGGUAGUGACUUCCAACUCUGGAGCCUGAAGAGCCAUGCAUUCUCACUAUCCUAGCCUCAGCACGGCUGGAGGUGGGAAGGGCAGGAAGGAUGUGUCUAAGAGACAGAGACAGGUGGCUUCAUAAGUCUCACAGUGGGUGGGGCUCGGGAUGAUUUCUAUCUUGAUGAUUCAAAUAGUGAUGGGAGUUUGGAAUAAUGCUUCUUACCAUUUGUCCACUGGAUGUCACCGUUUUCCUGAAAGGCAGCUAUUGACAAAUGAUUGGAACUGUGGUCUACUAAAAGCUGAGAUCAAAGUGAUAACUUUUCAGUCGCAGAUUAUAGGAACAUUUGUAAAGGGUGGAAGUGAUGAUGUUAAAAAGAAACGAGCCGGGCGUGGUGGCGCACGCCUUUAGUCCCAGCACUCUGGAGGCAGAGGCAGGCAGAUUUCUGAGUUCGAG